CCGUCCAGCAAAACGGCGGUUCAAAAAUGGCGCUGUGCACGGUCUUUGAAAGCUGGUAGCAUCAUAACGCAGGUCAGCAGGGGUCAACACGAAACAUGGCCGCCUUUUCCACUAGCAGUAACAUUGUCGGAUCUUUGAGCGGUUCUCCCCAGCCUGCCACCAACGUUAGGGCAACGCUGACUCUCAGGAACGGAGUCAAGCAACAGUUUAGCGAGAAGGUAUCUGAAGGAGGUGUCGUGCCCAAGCUGAAGAACGUGCGAGAGGCGCUGAAAGCGGUGAGGGUAGCUUCCCAAGACGCAGUGAACGAAAUGGUGGAAGAUGAGAGGCAAUCAUCCAACCAACAAAAAAAUGCCAAAGAUGGGGAAGAAAGUGACUACGACGAUGAAGAAGAAGACGACAAAAGUGAAAAUUGUGAAGACGAGGGCUUGAGUGGAACAGACAAAAACGAUGCAGGCGGUACAAACUUUGCACAGGAACUCCUACUCAACUUAUCAAAUCAACCUCCAGAAAAGAGGCUGAAAAUGUCAGACGGCGGUUCGGAGAACAAGGGACUUUUGUGACAACAGGAGAAGGCCGGACAUGUGAACAUCAUCCGGCAGCUAAGGUCAACCACCCGUGUGUCCACGUCUUUUUAUACAUGUGUAUUCACCUUGUGAUUUCAACAACCAACCAACCGAAGCAGACUUGUGCGGAGAUUGGAGUCAGCAAAACGUCAACGUAUCAAAACGUACUUCUACCUGAGAGAACGUUUUCUACUGGUCUUACAUUAUAUAUGCAAAUAAAGGGAAGCAUUAGCUGCAUUUAGAUGCACAGAUUCACAUGUAGCAUACCUGUACUGAUGGAUGCCAGGUCCAUGAAAAAUUCAGUGUUUGUAUAGCACUAUAGAGGUUGGCAAGUCGUUUUUCUGUUGUCUCUUGUGCCUCUUUUGCACCUGCAUUUUUGCCCUCUUUUGUACCCAUUGUGCCUCAGCAGCAGCUGACAUUAAUUGUGCUAUUUUCUCUUCUUACAUAAUUACUUAUUUGCAUGAAUUAUUACAAAAUGCAAUAAAAGUCUUCUUUCUUAACAUA